AAUUGCAGUUAGGCACACAACUACUUUACCUUUGUCGCUGCUUAAAUCGGCAACUAGGCACCUUGGUCGUUAGAAUUUGCGAGCGCCAUGAGCGGCGACGAGGGCGAUGGCCGCGAUGGAAGUAGCAACGUUAGAGAGCAAGAUAGGUUUUUGCCUAUUGCAAACAUUAGCCGGAUCAUGAAGAAAGCGCUGCCGGGGAACGCCAAAAUAGCCAAGGAUGCCAAAGAGACAGUGCAGGAAUGCGUUUCAGAGUUUAUUAGCUUCAUUACAUCAGAGGCCAGCGACAAGUGCCAGCGAGAAAAGCGGAAAACCAUUAACGGUGAUGACCUUUUAUGGGCCAUGACAACAUUGGGCUUCGAAGAGUACUUGGAGCCGCUGAAGCUUUACCUGGCCAAGUUCCGCGAGGCUGAGGCUGCCGUCGCAAAGCAGCAACCAGGCGGCUCCAGCGCUGGGGCUGAGGCAAAGCGGGAGGCCGCCGCGGCCGCUGCAGCCGCCGCGCAGCAGCACCAAGCGGCACAGCAGCACGCCCAGCUGCAAGGCGGCAUGCCGUUCCCGCUUAUGCAGGCGCAGUUCCAGGGUUUGCCUCCGGGGAUGAUCCCGGCUGGCUUCCCAGGACUGCCGCUACCGCCUGGCAUGCCUGGCCUCAUGAUGCCUGCUGGCACGCUACCCAAGCCAGAUCAGCCGAAGUAACGUGCACCAACCGUGCACGACCGAGUUGUGCUCGGUAUGACUCGAGUGUGUGUGCUGGGGCCAGCUGUCUUAGCGGACCCCCCGGUGCUCCUCUUGGCGACAAUGGGCGGUUGUUCAUUGUGUAAUUGUGGUUGUGUUCAGUUUUACAAAACUUCACCAAAGGCGCCUGCGCGCGUUUGUCGAGGAGUAUUUUGGCAGAUGCUGGGAGUUGCUUAAGAGACAAGAGACAAGCAAGGCAUGUGGCUGGUCGAGUGAGGGGGCCCCGAGAAGCGCGUGAAGCUCGGGCGGUUGUCAUGUUACGUCGGUGACGACAAGUGGGUGUUUGGUGAGGGGAAGGAGUUCUUCCUUGAGUGCCUUUUGUAGGUCGGGGUUGUUUAGCGCUGUUGGACCCUUCUGUUGAAGCCACCAGGGUUGCUGGUUCCCCAUGAUUUGCAGCUCUGCGCGGCUACCUACCCUGCGACUGCCGGCUACUGCAUGUGGGCGACCUGCCAAGUCAGUUGCGUACUGUUAAAUGUUUUGGAGGUUACCCUGUGGGUGCAUUGCAUUUGAGGCGCAACUCCAUACGACACCGGUUAUGCGCAGCAGUGUAUGAAUGCUGCUAAUGCGACAUGGAUUCGGCCGAUGACCUUUUGACCCCAAUUGAGCGGGCAUUCGGAGUUGUUAAGCACAUGACUGCAUGGGUGUGCCGUAACUGUAUGAGUGGCCUACAAUUGGCUUCGGCUAGGGCCUCGAUAGUCGACACACAUCGCUGCAGAGUUGAAUGGAUUCAGGCUUUGCCCGCGUCCACUUUGACUUUGCAACGUUUGUACCGGUUUACCGUGUCUUGGUAAUUUUUAACGGUUGUACGGGUUGUUACCUAUUAGUUAGUACGGCAUGUGCAGAAAGGUCGUUUAGAGGUCGUUGGUCAAGUCGUUUCACCGAAAUCCCUUCCGUUUUCGUGGAAACGUUCGCUUACAAGGUAUGACAGGAGGUAAAUCCUGCUACCUUAUCUGCUGCCUCGUGCCGCAGCGUCGCCGAGUGUUUCAUUUUGGAGCCAGUUUGGGGCGGCUUCACUUCCAUGGCAUCUCCCUAGUGUUUAAGCCUCCCAUCUUACCAACUAUGUUUAAGCUUACAUUUAAACAACGUUAGCCCGUAG